AUGCUCGUGCCUCGGCUCACCCCCAUGGCUGCAGACGAGUGCGCCACUGUCCAACGUCUGAUGGAUGAAUGCCAGUUUGGGGAGGGGCCGGACUCCCGCUCCGCCAAGCUGUGUGCGAAAGCUGGCGGGGGUUUAUCGUCUCGGGGCGCCUAUGCCCUGGCGAAUUUUGAUGGAGUGGGCGCGGCUACGACGUCCUUCCUUUGGUCGUUCCGUGCUCCGUCGCGCGUCAAGUUCUUCGGUUGGCUCCUCUCUAUGUCACGCAUCCAUACUAUGGAUGUCCUCCUCCGCAAACACAUCCUCACGGCGGCGGAGGCUGGAUGCCCCUGCUGCGAGGCCAUGCUGGAGACGACCGACCACUUGAUCUUUGGUUGCCCGUUCGCGGUGCAGUUUUGGCAACGGGUUGGCCUAUCGCCGGAUGGAGCGGCGGUGGAAUCCCUCCACCUCUUCGACACUUCCCCCGCGGUCGGCGCCGCCUCGCCGGCCUCCUUUGUCCUGCUAUGCUGCUGGAGGCUCUGGAAGAGAAGGAACGCCGUCGUAUUCAGGGAUGACUCGUGGUCCCUGGCUGCUACUCUGAAGGCAUGUCGGGACGAUGCGGUGCUUUGGCGUGCCCGACUGAUGGAGGGAGAUCGCUCCCACGUAGAUGUCUGGCUGUCUGUGCUUAGAAGCUCGUAA